AUGGUCAUGGAGCAUGACGAGCUGUGUGUGCUCGUCGCUGCUGCACCACGUCCAUCUGUGCAAGCUUCGCACUCAUUGUGGAGUGGUCUGGCCCCACGCGCGAUGCCCGACAUAGUCGACGUGAAGGAACUACGCAAUGAGGAUGUCCCAUGGUGCGGAGCGGUCCGCAAGGAGCAGGAGCAUGUGCGGGUCGAUGUCCAUAUCGCCAGUGUGCAGGUAUUCAACAUUGGACGAGUUGUACGGGAAGCGUAUGCUGGGCGUGAACAUGCUGGGGAAGACGUCUGA